AUGUAUUUAUUUGUCCUAAUUGCACAGAUGUCUUCUAUCAUCUGUGGUCAAAGGGUCAUCCAAGGUGUUGCUCUGGACUUUGGCCCAGGGAUACAUGAUAAUCUCUCACAAGACUAUCUUGAUGACCCAGAAAUUGAGCAAGAUGUCUAUGGAGAGUAUAAAGGCUUUGAUCCUUUGGACAAUGUCAAGGAACCCAUAUUAUCACAUAUCAAAUACAAUAUGGUCAACUUAGUCCAUGUCCUGGCACAAUCAGAAAGUACCACCCUAAUACCCCAAUUGACAAACCCAGAGGGCAAAACCAUCUUCAAUGAAUGGACUAUCCAUUUACAUCCAAAUCUGAAUUUGACCUGA